CUGCGCGGGAGCGGAAAACGUGCAUCCGACAGAGGAGAGAAGAAGCGUUGUGUUUUCCUGUUAAGAUAUUUUGCUGCUAGAAGACUUUACCAAAUUACAACAGAUACUCGGCUUCCUUACAGGCGUCUGCACAAACCAGAAGCCUACUAACACAUCCAGCAUGACUCGAGAUUGGAAACCUGGUGAUCUGAUCUUUGCCAAGAUGAAGGGCUAUCCACACUGGCCUGCAAGGAUUGAUGAAGUCCCAGAUGGUGCUGUGAAGCCAUCUAAUAUCAAGUUCCCCAUCUUCUUCUUUGGCACCCAUGAAACAGCAUUUCUGGGCCCAAAAGAUAUCUUUCCAUACCAGCCCAACAAAGACAAGUAUGCCAAGCCCAACAAGAGGAAAGGCUUCAACGAAGGAUUGUGGGAGAUUGAGAACAACCCAAAGGUUGAGCUCACUGCACCAAAGCCGGUCCCCCCUGAAUCUUUCACUGAAAAGGAUUCGGACAGCGGCCCAGAAGGAGGGGAGGAAGCAGAUAACAAGGGGAUAAAACCCAAAGUUCCAGGAAGUGAGGCUGAGCAGGAGAAAGAGAAUGUGGAGUUGGAGGAGGAGGAGGAGUUGGAGGAGGAGGAGGAGGAAGGGUCUCUGAUCUCUGAGCAGGGUCCUCAGAACCAGGAUGGUGCUGCACAGAAAGAAUCCACAGAUGCUCCUAAACCCAAGCGAGGAAGAAAGAAAAAGAGUCAUGUUGAGCAGGAGACUGAAAAACAGGAUGCACCUGCCAGUCCUGUUAGUCCCUCAGCUGCAGAGGCUCCUAAACGACGAGGCAGGAAGCCCAAGAGUGAAAAGUUACUUUUGCUGCAGCAGCAGCAGGAACAGCAAGGCUCAGGAAGUGAAAUGGAGACUGCUGAGUCGGAGAGAAAGAGAAAGAGGGCAGCAGAGGACAAGUCCAAGAGUGGAGAGGAGGAGAAGAGAAAGAAGGAGGACAGCAAAGGAAAGGAGGCAGAGGGGAAGGAGCCUGACGCCAAGAAGAAGAAGAAGGAAGAAGGAUCCUCAGGCUCUGAUGAUGAAGAGAAAAACAAAGGCAGAAAGAAACACCAAAACUCAGAAGUGGACAAAGAUGUGCGGCGGCGGAAAGCAGAUGAAUUGAGAGAGACAAACAAAGAUGACGGGAAGAAAAAUGAAGAGAGGACAGGCGCCAAGAAAAAGGAAAUAUCAACUGACCUGAAGCUCCAGCGACUGCACAGUGAGAUCAAGAUUUCACUGAAAAUUGACAACCCUGAUGUGAAGAAGUGCUUGGAUGCUUUAGAUGAGAUCGGUGCCCUUCAAGUGACGACCCAGCACCUGCAGAAACACAGCGAACUUAUUGCCACACUGAAAAAGAUUCGCAGAUUCAAGGCCAGCCAAGACAUCAUGGACAAGGCCACCAUGUUGUAUAACAAGUUCAAGAGCAUGUUCCUGGUUGGAGAAGGCGACUGUGUGCUCAGCCAGGUGCUUAACAAGUCUUUAGCUGAACAACGGCAGCACGAGGAGGCCAAGAAAGGAGCGCUGAAGAGAGUGGAACAAGCCAAGGAAAACACCACAGACAAGAUGACAAAUGGUGAUAUCAGCCCCGAGGAGAAGAGGCAGGAGACAGACAAAGAGAAGAUUCCUGAAGACACAUCGGUGGGAGAAAAUCACAGUGCUCCAAAAGAUCAGGAAGAGUCCACUUGAGUGACGUACAUGCCUGAAGGAAGGAGAAGACAUUUGCUGCUGUACUCGUGUCCAAACUGGGCUGAACAACUGGGAUUUCCUGUCCAGUUCCUUUUGAUGACUGAUCAUGAUCACUGGUUUCCAGUUUACCAACUGUCUCUGUCAGUGAUGCUGCUUAAAGGUUCCAGGACAUCAAACCCAUCCACUCCCAACAUGAAGA